GGUCUUAUGCUGCUGUAGCCCAUCCGCUUCAAGGCUCAAUGUUUUGUGCGUUCAGAGAUGCCAUUCUGCACACCAGUGUUGUUGUUAAACAGCUGUCAAUUGAGCAUUUGUUGGCCUUUCUGUUCGCUUGGAACGAGUCAGCUCAUUCUCCUCUGACCUCUCUCAUUAAGAAGGUCUUUUUGCCCACUGAAAUGUCUCUCAUAUGAUGUUUUUUGUUUUGUUUUGUUUAUCACACCAUUCUCUCUAGACUACAGAGAGUAGUGCGUGAAAAUCCCAGGAGGGCAGCUGUUUCUGAGCUGGUGGAAGCACCAUAUCUGGAACCAACAAUCAUACCGCAGUCAAAGUCACUUAGGUCACGCGUCUUGCCAGUUUUUAAUGUUGGAUCAAACAACUGAACCUCUUCACCACGUCCGCAUGGUUUACAUGUUGAGUUGCAGCCAUGUGAUUCGCUGCUUGAAGGAGCAGGCUGUUCGCAUUAACAAGCAGUUGUACCUAAUAAAGUGGCCACUGAAUGCAUGUGUAUCUGUGAUAAACCAGGUAACCGUAUAUACUAAUUUUUACUAACACGUGCAGUUGUUUUGGACUUACUACCUCACAGUGACCUAUUCAAUUAAGUUAUACAACAUACAAAUGAUUUUUUUUUGUGUGAAAAAGAACUGUGAGUGGACCAUUAGAUACCAUACUGUAUAAACUAUAGAUCCAAAUUUUUUACUUUCCAGCUUAAUUUGGCAGUUUAAAAAAAUAUAUUUUUGGAACAAAUUCAUUUCCUCCUGCACUUGGUUCCGCAAAAUUAAUGUUAGACAUCAAAGAAACAAUGCCGCCUUUGAAGUAUCCGCGGAAGGAUCACCGCGCGGCUUCCUUCUAAGAUCCCGGCAAUGAAGCAAUCCUCAUAUUUAAAAAGGGGAAAGACUUUCGUUUUCUUUCCUCUCUUCAGUGCAUAAAUUUAGAUGUUAGGUUGAGAGAGUACAGUGUGUGUAUGCCUGCAGCUAAUUGUCAACUAAUUAAUGCAACACUCUUUAUCGAGGCUAGAGAAAAUCUUUGAAAAACUGAUGUUUGAAAUAUUGCUUUUAGCCUAUGUAGAGAUUUAAUUCUGCAUGAAGCCUGGGUUUCACAUGAGUCGGACAUGUAUUACUCCGUAUAAAUGGCUUUGCUGUGAUUGUAUCUCUCCUCUUUGUCCUAUUGUUUUGUUUGAGAAAAUCUCUUGACUGGGAGGGAAGCGACAGCGCGCAGAAAACUGUGAGAAAAAAACGCGAGAUGAGCACGUGCGUUUCGGUACGAUUCCAUGAGAACAGCUUCAAUUCCUCCUACGAGGAAUUGUUCCUUCUCGUGCGUUCCGAAAAGGAAGGGGUUAAAUAACGAACUUCGCAGGUCUUUAAGAAAGAGGCCUGUGUCUUUAAAGUUUAUGUAGCAACAGAAGGAUUGCUGGGAUAAUGCUGGGGCGGCAGAUCACUUACUUCUGACGUUACAAAGCCUCGGGGAGUUGGCUCAAGAUUGCUAGUCUUUGAUAAGGUCCUUGCAACUUAGUAGCAACUUUGUGUUUCCAAAAAUUAUCGUAAAAAAACCGUUUUCGAUCGCCUGUCGCAAAAAUAUUGAAGGUCUAUCGACACAAUACACACAGGGGUGACGAUUGAAUGAAGUGUAAACGUGUUACAACGCAUAAAAUGUCACAUGUUCUCUUUAAAGAGGAAAAAAAGAAGAAUUGUUUUGUAUCUACCUUUCGGGACCAGGCCGUCGGUUCUUUACUUUGAUGUCCGCAGUUAAACCUUCGCACAGUUAGUGUUGGAAUAGCCUAGAGGAGGUCUACUGCUUGCUUUGACUGCCUCAAAUACAGUUUGUAAAGAAAAGGGAAAACAGGGAUUUUUUUCGGGAAGAAGGCACGUUAGAUUUUUACCUUUUUUGCAACGAAUACAUUAACCGAAAGGACUGUAAGGGAACUGCCUGUAACUGGAGACUGUGGAUUACUUUUUUAAACAUCAAAAUCUUCUGAGAGAAGUGUUUUUGAGGAGCAAACUCAUGGAUCGAUGAGAGAAGACGGGGCUGAGUGGGUCCCCCGCUGACUUAAGAGGGUGAGGAGAUUACGACCGCGCGCAGUGAAGCUGGGAAAGAGAGACGCGGCGGCGGGAAGCUGAAGCCAUGAGCAGGGCGCUCGCGGACCCCAUCGGCAGUAGCUUCAGAGAAGAUGCGCCUCGUCCUCCGGUCCCCGGGGAAGAGGGAGAGGCGCCAUGCCACAACCCCGGCAAACUUGCCACGAUGAGAGCCCAGCACAAGGCUAAAUCUUCUGCCCUCGCUUCACCGGUUGCCCCUGCGAAGAGAAACGAAGAUGGGCUCGGGGAACCGGAGGGGAGUGCCUCUCCGGAUUCGCCGCUUGCUCGCUGGACAAAGUCUUUGCACUCUCUUCUCGGGGACCAAGACGGUGCUCAUCUUUUUAGGAUAUUUUUGGAGCGGGAGAGAUGUGUGGACACUUUAGACUUCUGGUUCGCCUGCAAUGGGUUCAGACAAAUGGACCUCAAGGAUACCAAAACCUUACGCGUUGCCAAAGCUAUUUACAAGCGGUAUAUAGAAAACAACAGCGUUGUUGCUAAGCAGCUGAAAACUGCGACUAAAACCUACAUAAGGGAUAAUGUUAAGAAACAGCAGAUAGACUCCGCGAUGUUUGAUCAGGCUCAGACCGAGAUACAGACCGCAAUGGAGGAAAACGCUUACCAGAUGUUCUUAACCUCUGAUAUGUACCUGGAAUACGUCCGCGCCGGGUGCGAGAACCCGGCUCACGUCGGUCCCAACGGACUGGGGAGUCUCAAGUUGAUGUGCGGAUACCUGCCCACGCUCAACGAGGAAGAGGAGUGGAGUUGCAAUGACUUUAAAAACAAAGCAUUGGCCACUUCAGUGGUUGGACUGUCUGCCAAAGGACUUCGGGCUACCGCGUGCCUGAGAACCCUGGAGGCGCUCGAUAAUGGAUACAGGUCGUGCCGACGCGGCGUGGGAGGGGACCCCGCCAACCCCCGCCAGGCCAGCCCGGGGUACGCCUUCGCCCCGGCCUCCAGCGCCAACGACAGCGAGGUGUCCAGCGACGCCAUGACCGACGACUCCAUGUCCGUCACGGACAGCAGCGUAGAUGGCAUCCCUCCUUACACGCUGGGCAACAGGAAGCUGCAGCAGAGGGAGAUGCAGCGCAGCAUGAAGCUCAACGGCCAGGUGACCCUACCUCACUUCCCUCGGACACGGCGGUUGCCCCGGGAGAUGACCCCCGUGGAGCCGGCCGCGUUCGCCGCCCAGCUGGCCUCCCGGCUGGAGCGGCUGAAGAGGGAGCAGGACUCCAUGAGCUCCCUGGAGGAGCGGCUGCAGCAGAUACAGGAGGAAGAAGAGAGGGAGGAGAGCGAGCCGCCAGUCGGAGCCGCCCAUCACCCUCCCCACCCCCUGGGGGCGCUGUCCUCCCCUGGCCCCGGCGAAGAGGACCCCCAGGCCAUCCUGGACGAGCACCUCUCCCGCGUCCUCAAAAGCCCGGGCUGCCAGUCCCCGGGUGUGGCCCGCCACUCGCCCCGCUCCCGCUCUCGCUCCCCAGACCGGCAGGGGCGGGGCGGGGUGGGCGGGGCCUCGGGGCCCAGGGUGCCGCCUCCCCCCGCGUGCUCCGCCCCGAGGUCCUUCCCGCUCCCGGCCUGCGGGGCCGGCGGGGCCUCCGGGGUCUACCUGCCCAAACAGGCCACCAGGCACGUCCACCACCACUACAUCCACCACCGCGCCGGGCCCCGCACCCAGGAGCAGGUGGAGGCCGAGGCCGCCCGCCGCGUGCAGAGCCUCUGCCUUCCCGCCGUCGCCCCCGGCGACUACUGCGCCUUCCCCAGGUGCCGGAGCCACGGCAACGAGCCCUGCUGCAGCCCCGGAGAGACCCCCACGAGCGACAGGCGUUCCUGCUCUUUGUCCAAGCGCGUGUGCAAAGCUGGCGAGGGGGGGGCCCAGCUGAACGGGGAGGGGGGCAGGGGAGGGGUCGCGCCCCUGCAGCUGCCCGCCGACAGCACAGACCGCUCCCAGAACGUGUGGCAGUGGAUCCUGGACAGCGACAGACAGAGCAAACACAAGCCCCACAGCGCGCAGGGCCCUAAAAAGGGGUGCAGCGUGGACCCCUCCUGCCGGACGUCCCUGGGGCGCGUGUUCACCUGGGGAGGGGGUGGGGGGCCAGGCCUCAGCGGCCACGCCCGCGUGCACCAGCCCAGCCAGCCCUUCAUCCAGGACCCGGCCAUGCCCCCCCUCUCCCCCCCCAACACCCUGGCCCAGCUGGAGGAGGCCUGUCGCCGCCUGGAGGAGGUGUCCAAACCGCCCAAACAGAGGCACUCGACAUCCAGCCUACAGCGGGACCGGCCACACUUCAGUGCUCCACCGAACGGAAAUGCUCCAUCAGCUCCUGCCGCUCACGUCGAUGAGCCCAAAGAGCCGAAGAAGGCGGCGGGUUGCCAGGCGGCGUCGUUGCCGGGCGCGGGGGCGGAGCUGGUGGUCACGUACUUCUUCUGCGGGGAGGAGAUCCCGUACAGGCGCAUGAUGAAGGCCCACUGCCUCACUCUCGGCCACUUCAAGGAGCAGCUGCAGAGGAAGGGAAGCUACAGGUACUACUUCAAGAAGGCCAGCGAUGAGUUUGAGUGCGGGGCUGUGUUCGAGGAGGUGUGGGACGACCGGGCCGUUCUGCCCAUGUUCGAGGGCAGGAUCCUGGGGAAGGUGGAGAGGAUGGAGUAAAAAGUGUUUUUUGGGGGGGGG